AUGGAACACUACGAAAAAGACGAAACACCCGCACUCUUGCAGCAACUUUUGCGACAGAAUGCCAGCGAAGGAUUUGGACCCUAUGCUGAGAGUCCCAUGGCGGUCGAACCACUUUACCACGCACCUUCCCUCACCACGCAAAACUCUAACGCAGCAAAUCGGGAUUUCCUCCCUUCCGUCUUGAACCCAACAGCCAGCGGCUCCAUCAUCCCACUUACAUAUAAACAAGCAAUUAGCGAUCUCGAGAAAUAUUGCGAAGUGGCACAAAACAAAUGUGGUCUCCAAGAGAGACAAGUGACCAUAGUCGCAUACGACGAAACGGGUGGACAAACCAGCGUUCACCAAAUCAAUUUGACAUUCGAUCUUGAUCUCAAGCUAUUAAUUCAGAUUCUACAAGAAUUGAUCGAUCAGCGAGAACGCGAACCUUCCCACACCGGCAAAGGUAAAUUCUUAAUCAGACGUAUCGAUGUUCGCUCCGGUCGAGGUUCUAUGGACAGAUGCUUUCCAGCCAUCGAAGGCACGGUUAUCGAAGCCACUCAAACGUGUAAUCCCCCAUCAGCUCAAUGGGUAACCUGGGAGUGCGGUGGUUCAAUGGAAAUUUAUUGGAGAUACUACCGCGUGGCCAUGCAGCUUGGUAUCGGUGCUGGCCCUUGUGGUCCUAUUUUGAAACUCCGUACUGUCAAAUGCAAGGAUACAUACGAUAGUGAUGAGGUUGGUCAUAUUUUCAACACUAGCAGCUCUCAAAAUCAACACAUCAGACGUUAUUCCGGCGGAAAGCCACCAGGAGGCGGUGUCUUUGGAAACAUGUCAACUGGAGCACUAUCGGGGACUCGGCCACAAUUGAACCCCGUCGCAUCUGCGUUCAAGUUCGGCAUUAGUAUCGAGGAAGCUAUCGACGACACGAAUACACUACCAUCUACAGUCAGUCACAAAGGCAGGGGGGCUGCUGUUGAGAAUUCCGACGCAAACGGACUUUUUCAAAGAGGUGAAUACAAGGGUGGCAGUAAGAAGGUUACUGUUGACACAAGUACUACUAAUGGGUGGAAGAAAGCUCCUAUUCCUGAAUGGGAUAGCUUGCCGCCAGCAAUCAAUCAUAAUCCUGGUGGAUAUCAGGCAAAGCCGACCAGUUGGUCAUAUUGGCAACGAAUUGGUGGCGAUCCCGACACACAUAUGGAGUUUCCUCUAGGCCACAUCCCCUACCCCGAGACACCAGAUAUUGACCACUGUGACUUUCUUCCAGGAGAACAACUUGACGUGAAAGCAUUAGUUGCAACUGCCAUGAAAGCCAUUUCAAAAGAUGAGCAACCAGUUAUGCCGAUAUUAAGUGCUGAAGAACAGGCAAUCAUUUAUCAGAUCACGGCCCAAACGAGAAAGGAUUUCAACGAUGCUAGGAGUUUUGCCCAAGAAGAUGAUGAUAAUUUCAUCCCAACUGUCAAUCCAAACUGGGAUCCCAGUGAUGCGAAGAAUCAGCUUACAAAGGAUGAGGAAGUCACAUCGAGUUUGACAAAAAUUACAAGCAUUCCUGCAAAAUCCCAAAGUCAGCCGGCGGUUUUUGAGCAUAAAUCAGAACCACCAUCAUACGUCAAUGCAUACUACAAUCGCCCAACCCAGCCAAUGAUUAGCACUAUAUCUGUCACUAGCCCCGGUACAGUUUCCAGCAAAGAUUCUCCUGUUAGAUUUGGAUCACCACGCGCCACCCAGAGUAAAUCAACGUUUCCAUCUGGUGGUCGGGCAAGACCUUUCACACCGAGUCAGAUGACUUCGUUUCAGCCGUUGAAAGUUGGAAGCAGGCCUGGCACACCUACACUUAGAUACGGUGGCAAUACUAGCUCGUUCGCAAUGCCAAGUACCAGCAUCGGGUUCAAUGCCCCGCCUAAUACCAUCUCCCGGAGUAGGCCAUCCUCGCCUGCAAACUCGAGUCAAAUGGUAGACCAAUUCGGCAUCUUGAAUAUGGCUCACACCCAGGGUCCUCUGCGCGGCCACCAUAACCAAUUGUUCGUUCCAGGAUUCGGAGCAAAUCAAAAUACUCCGACCGCCCAAGGUUUUGGUAAUCUUCCGCAGAACUUGGUAGAUUGGAAUUUCAUCCACGGAGAGACUAGAUAUCCUUUCGGGUACAAGUUUGAAUUCGGUGGCAACAGAAGCAAUGAAAACAGUGGCGGGGGAAUUUAA